UGUCGAGAACAAUCGGAAGUGUAGCACACAAGAGUGAGAUACCUACAGAUAGACUGAGUGAGAUGGAAAUAUUACGGAGAGCUUUUUUUUUCGAUAGUACAGAGAAAAACAAAAGAGACAUUCGACGUUAAACACAGAACGCUUGACAACCGAGAACGAUCCAUUGAUUUCCUCGCGAGAUUGUUCAAUAUUUUAUAACAACCGCGGAUUAUUAUUUGGAUCCACAGUUACAUUUAUCGUCAUUUAAGUAUAUACACAUACAUCUGUCAGUAAUAACAUCAAUUAAUAUAUUUUUCUAUUAUUAUCUAUAAUAAAAUAUUUAAUCAAUUGUUAUUAUUAUAAGAUAUAUUGGACUCAUUGUCCCAGUCCAUACAAAAUUAAUUGAACUGAAAUCAACAACAACAAUAAUGAGUAAUUAUCAAUUUGUCGUAUUCUCAGGAAAAAACAAAAAUAAAUCAAUAAUAAAACAAGAGGACGUAGAAUCAGAAACUGACGAGUUAUUAUCAGAAAACCAGCGUGAGGUAGACUCGCCAUCGUCCUCAUCCCUAUCAAUAGCCUCAUCGUCGACUUCAUCAACGUCUUCCCACAAACAGCUGAUAGUUUUAACGACGUCAUCAGACAACGUUAGCAACCGCGCAACAAUUGAAUGCGACUCGACGAAACGUAAAACUAAUAAUGUUGAGAAACAGCAGGCGUCCUCAUCACGCAAACGUGAAUCAUCCGGUAAUAUUUUCCAAGUUCACAUCGGACAAAAUCAACUAUCUGUCGACGCAGGCGCUUCUCAACUUGGCGGGAAGUACACCAACAGUAAUGCACCGGGUAAAGCUAAAAUACCCCGUCCUGCAAAUGCGUUUAUGCUAUUUGCCAAUGAAUGGCGAAGAAAACUUGCUAAUGAAAAUCCACGGGAAUCUAAUAAGGAUAUCAGCGUCAGGCUAGUUCCCUUAAUUAAUCCUUCUUUAUUUAUUACUCCUUUACUCUAACGGUAUUUAAA